AUGGCGCUGGCGGCCAGCGCGUUCAAACUGCACUUUCUCCACUCGAAUGUGGCGUCCUGCCCCAGCACAAUUUCCGCAUAUUGGACCCGCAUAAUCCCUUGGGACUUCCUCAUCCCAAUACAGACUCAGAAUCUCAUCCGGAACGGGCUGCAUCACAAGAUCCUCUUAGCCAACUUCCUGGCACAGACGGAGGCUCUCAUGAAGGGCAAAUCCACAGAAGAAGCCAAGGCAGAACUGCAGGCCUCUGGUCUGAGUGGAGAGGUGCUGGAUAAGUUGCUGCCACACAAGGUCUUUGAAGGAAACCGACCAACUAAUUCUAUUGUGUUCACCAAACUCAAUCCAUUCAUACUGGGAUCUCUAAUAGCUGGAAAUAUCCAUAAUGGAGUUUCCCAUGUGAAGUUUUUGCUGUUUCCCCUCCUAAAAUACUUGUGCAUUUACAUUUCUCUGAGGACAUUAAAUGGGAGGAUAGAUGGGCAGACCGUCCAUCUUACAUCCAGAUGA